AUGAGUAGCUUCACCAAGCAGCCAAGCCGGCUGUUCAAUCUCAAGCUGAUCCACAGAUACUUCCCUAAGGACAAAGCUACAGGCCCACGUGCCGAGAGAAGCUCGCAAAGCAGCCCCGGUCAACGCUCCAGACCCAAGGGCAAGGGAUCAGUUGGAUCAAAUUGUUCUUCACCUGGACUCGUUGACGACCAAACCGAAUCAGAGACUUCUCACGAGGACGACUACCAGCACCACCAAACUUACGACGAGAUCUGGGACAUCUUCUUUAAGCAUGGCUCCGGAGAAACAAAAGAUGACGUCGAGCCCCUCCUCCAAAAGAAGCAAUACCCAGCCUUGCUGUCCUCUGCCGAGCUUCGAUUACUGGAACAACCAUCACCAACCCCAAACAAACCGCUUCCUGACAUCCCCACACAAGUUCGACCCCUAAUAGCACCACAACGGGUGCCCCGAGUGACGGAGGAUCGUCGAGUCCCCGCUUGGAGCCCCCAGAACACUCGACCCAAGGCCCAAAAGGCCGGGGUAGCCUACUCGCUCUUCCCAAAGCCUGUCGCUUUGCCUCCAAGGACUACAGCCAUCACACCUUCGUGGCGGUCCCUUCAGGAGACGCACAAGCCCCAGCGACCACUUCAUCCCGGCGCCAACGCAACUAAGCAUGCUCAUCGACAUAUCGCUGAGCUCUAUCACGACCCAGCUAAUGAGAAUGAGAAGACAGUUCAGGAGCUCCGUGAGGAAGCUAUUCAUGACCUCCUCGGACGGGUCGUCAGGAACUCUCCAAUUCAAAAAUCGAUUACAGGCUCUCGUGGCCGAAAUUUCAUCCGUUCCUUCGACGAGGUCGUCAUGCCUACCGAAGUCGAGGUUACCCAGUCUUCGCCUAGAAGCCCUCCAGGUUCGGCUCUUUUAUUGCCCCCGGUGGAGUACGACUGGGAUAAAAAUACUCCCAUCCUCUCUCGGCCAUCCUCACCAAAGGACCUUCGACCUGAAGCAUCAUCAGAGACCUCCCCUGAGGCCGCUGCUCCUCCCCGUCGACCUACUAUAGCAGCUACAGAGGCCCGCCCUAAGACUGCUCGCGAUCAUGACCGGCGACCUACUACGGCAUCUCAAGAGACCCGCCCUAAGCCCACCACUCGUGGCCGUCGACCGACAGGAGCAUCUCUUGAGUCCGGUACUAAGACUAGCUCCCUUGAAAGUCGACCAAUAGCAACUUCAGAGACCAGCCCCGAGACGUCAUCUCGUAAGAGGCCAGUCUCUAUUAUCUCAACGGCGAGUCAAUCCGCAACCUACCUUCCUAUGCCUGACUCGGAACCUCCGGUGUUUACCAAGAAGUCGGCCACCAGUCUUCAAAAAGCAACCAAACUUGAGCCCCUUCAACUUCCUCCACUUCAUCAGCUUCCUCUACUUCCUCCACUUCAUCAGCCUCCUCUACUUCCUCCACUUCAUCAGCCUCCUCUACUUCCUCGACGUGAUACCUCCGUGUUUGCCCAUGAUGACGGGAAAAAAUACAGACGCUUUGGCUUCCUCUGCAUCCAUAGACGCGGAAGCAGCGACGGCCGUAGAUCGGGCAAGAACAAAUUCUUUGAGCUUCAAAUGGCGCCGUUCCAACACCGACUAAGCACCAACCUCGCCCAUGACGGUGGAGUACGACGAGGGGGAUGA